AUGGAAUCUACAGGUUUUCAACUAACUGACUUUGUAAGAAGACCUAACUUAGGUAAAGAAGGAAGACAACUCAAAAUUCGUGCAAACUUUUUUGAAGUCCUUGCACUCCCUGAAGCAAAUAUACACCACUAUGACGUUACUAUAACACCUGACGUUCCUCCUGCCUUGAACCGAAGAGUUUUUCAAACUUUUGAAGAGAUGCAGCGUGGCGCUAGUUUAGGUGGGGUAAAACCUGUUUUUGACGGUCGGAAAAACAUGUACACUGCUAGGCCACUUCCUUUCGGUGACGCUGCCACUUUCGAUGUAACCUUACCUGAAGACGACGGUGUCACUACUAGUAAACGUCCUCCUCGUUCUUUCAAAGUUAAAAUUAAAAAAGUUGCUGAAAUUAAUAUGGAAGAACUUCAUCGUUUUCUUAACGGCAAGGCUCAAGUAUCACCAAAUGUUCUGACCGGUAUUAUGGCACUUGAUGUGUUGAUAAGGUAUCGCCCAUCGUUGCAACAUGCGACUGUUGGUAGAUCAUUUUAUACACCUUCAGGUUCUCAACAACUUUAUGGUGGAGUCGAAGUAUGGCAAGGUUUUUAUCAAUCAGCUCGUCCUACACCUAAGAAGAUGAUGAUCAAUAUUGAUGUUAGUGCCACAGCUUUCUAUGAAAGCGGUAAUCUUGUUCAAGUUGUUGUCAAAAUUUUGGGUAGAAGGUCCGCUGAUGAUCUUAGAAAAGGAAUCUCAGAUAAGGAACGCACCAGACUUGAAAAAGCAUUAAAAAAUCUCAAAGUUCGUGUUGUUCAUCGUGGUGAUGCUGUCUCACAACGUCGUUUCCGAAUCUCUAAACUUACACCUACACCUGCGAAUUCAACAAAAUUUGAUGCUAACGGCAGAUCUAUAGAUGUGGCUACAUAUUUUCAAGAUACCUAUAAAAGACGUCUUCAAUAUCCUUUCCUUCCUUGUGUUGUAGUCAGAAAAGAAAAUUAUCUUCCUAUGGAAGUUUGUGAAAUUAUUCCGGGACAAAGAUAUAUGCGUAAACUUAAUGAAAGACAAACUGCUGAUAUGAUAAAAUUUACAUGCCAACCACCACAUAUUCGUGCAAAUAAAAUUAAGAACGGUUUAGAUAUUCUUGAUUUUCGUAAUAAUGAAUAUUUGAAACAGUUCAAUUUACAGAUUUCGACUGAUAUGACCACAGCACCAGCACGUGUUCUACCCACUCCUACUAUAAUGUAUCACCAAAGUUCGCGUGAGGCAUCAUUUACCCCAAGAGAUGGUUCAUGGAAUUUAAGGGAUAAAAAAGUUGCAACAGGUGCCGUUCUUGGUUCAUGGGGUGUGAUCGCCUUUGGAAAUGAAAGAGAAAUGCCUCUACAAACCGUUCAACAUUUUGUACGUGAAUUGAUCACCACUUGUCAAGACACUGGUAUGAAUAUUCCAAAUAAAGACCCGCCAAUCUUACAUCGUAGUCCUCACAACGAUAUCGAAGAAAGCGUCAAACAAGGUUGGAUUCGUUCUGGCAAUAAAGCCAAAUCUCAACCACAACUAUUAGUCUGCAUACUUCCUAAUACUGGCGUGCCGCUUUACGCUGAGAUUAAACGUAUUAGCGAUACUGUGAUUGGCGUCUCAACACAAUGUGUCCAAGCUAAACAUAUGAUGCAAGCUAAAAAACAGUAUUGUGCUAAUGUGUGUUUGAAGAUGAAUGUUAAACUUGGUGGAAUGAAUUCUUACAUUCUUCCAACCCAAAUUCCAUUCAUUUCUCAACGUCCAACAAUAUUGAUGGGCGCUGAUGUAACACAUCCUCCACCAGGUACCACUGGUCGUUCAUCUAUUGCUGCAUUAUGUGCUUCUAUGGAUGCAAAAGCUUCAAGAUAUGCUGCAUCUAUUCGUGUUCAACAAGGCAGACAAGAAAUGAUAUCAGACUUGGCUAAUAUGGUUAAGGAAUUAUUGAAAACAUUUUACCAAACUUGUGCUAAAAAACCAGAUAGAAUUUUAUUUUAUCGUGAUGGUGUAUCUGAAGGUCAAUUUGAACAAGUAUUGGAAUUUGAAGUUAAAGCAAUCAAAGAUGAGAAAUACAAACCAACUGUUACAUUUGUAGUAGUUCAAAAGCGUCAUCACGCAAGGUUUUUCCCUAUGGAUAAAAAAGAAUCAGACAGAUCAGGAAAUUGUCUACCCGGAACAGUUGUAGAAUCUGUCAUAACUCAUCCAUUCCAAUUUGAUUUUUAUCUAUUAAGUCAUUCUGGUUUACAAGGAACAUCUCGACCAACACAUUAUCACGUUUUAUACGAUGAGAAUCGUUUCACGCCUGAUUCACUUCAAUCUUUAUCAUACAAUUUAUGUUACGUAUUUGCAAGAUGCACACGGUCGGUAUCACUUGUUCCACCAGUUUAUUAUGCUCAUUUAGUAUGCAGUCGUGCCAGAUUCCAUAGUCGAGGCGUUGAUUGGAGCGACACUGAAGCAUCCGAAGAAUCUACCGCUAGUGCAUCUCAACACGGCACCGUUAAGGCUGAAUUGCAAAAGAAAGACCCAUGGUCACCAGAAAAUUAUACCCGUCAUGCAAAUUUUGUUCCAAAAUUAUCUGAACAUGAUCUCGUGACAACGUUAUUAUCACCACAACCACACGAACGUAUUUUAGAUGUUGGAUGUGGUGAUGGUGUGCUAACCUUUCGAAUUCAGGAACAAUGUGAACAAUGCAUUGGAAUUGAUCAAAGUGAAAAAAUGAUUAGUGCUGCAAGGGUUAUAAAUAGAUGUAAAGACGUUAGAGUUGUUGACGCGGAAAAACAUUUUAGCGAGUGGAUUGAUGAACAAGGGUUUAAUGGUUAUUUUGACGCCGUGUUUUCAAAUGCUGAUGUUGAAGAUUCUUUAAUUGCUGCGCUCGAUAGACGCGGUUUUGAUGGCAGAAAAUUUUCACCUUGGUAUUUUCCAACAAAGGAAGACUAUGUACAAUUAUUGAACAGACAUUCGUUCACCAUCAAAUAUUCGACAAUCUUUCAAAGACCAACCGAACUACCUACAAAUUUGGCUGGAUGGAUUGAAACAUUUGGUUUUAAAUUUUUCGAAGGUUUAUACAAUAAUGUCAACCAGCCGGAAGGUUUAUCACAAAUUGAGAUUGAGAUUGAAAGAAUAAAAAGAGAGGUUGAAGAAGAAUGUAGAAAGGAAUCGUAUGAUGAAAAAACAAAUAAAUGGAUUUUAAAUUAUGUUAGAUUAAGAUUUGUUGCUAUAGCGGAUAAUUCAGAUAGUUUAGAUAAUGACGAUAGUUUGUACCCUAUUGCUGUAUUGCUUGACGAAUUAAGAGCUGAUGAUGUGAAUGUUAGAUUGAAUGCCAUUAGACGCCUUUCCACAAUUGCCUUGGCUCUAGGACAUCAAAGAACAAGGGAGGAGCUUAUACCUUUUCUUGAUGAAUCGAUUGACGAUGAAGACGAAGUACUUCUUGCAUUGGCUGAAGAACUUGGAAACUUUAUAGAUUAUGUUGGGGGUAAAGAAUAUGCGCAUCUUAUACUCAGACCUUUGGAAAACCUGGCUACAGUUGAAGAGACUCUUGUUAGAGAAAAGGCUGUCGAAUCAUUGAAUAGUGUUGCGGUGGUUCUUUCUCAAAAACAAAUCGAAGAUUUUUAUAUACCACUUAUUAAACGUUUAAGUGGUGGUGAUUGGUUUACCAGUCGUACAAGUGCCUGUGGUUUAUAUGCCGCUGCUUACAAGAAUGCAACUCCUAGCACACAAAAUGAACUGCGAGAUUUGUUCAGACAAUUAACCCAAGAUGAAACGCCAAUGGUUAGAAGGGCUGCUGCUACUAAUCUAGGAAAAUUUGCAAAAGAGAUGCCAAAAGAACAAAUUAUUUCGGAUAUUAUACCACUUUUCAAUAAACUUGCACAAGAUGAACAAGAUUCUGUACGUCUAUUGACAGUUGAAGAUUUGGUAGAUAUUGCUGGAUUGUUGACCAAAGAAGAGAGUAAAAUAUAUCUUUUACAAUUAUUGAGAAAUAUGUCAUCUGAUAAAAGUUGGAGAGUUAGAUAUAUGAUUGCUGAAAAUUUUGUAAAGAUAGCAAAAGCCGUCGGUGAAGAAAUAACACAAGAUGAUUUGGUAAUGGCUUUCGUUAAUUUGCUUAAAGAUAAUGAGGCAGAAGUAAGAACUGCGGCUUCUGGCCAAGUUCCAGGAUUUGCACAGUUUGUUGACAAACAAAUAAUUUUAUCACGUAUUAUACCAUGUGUAAAAGAUUUAGUCACUGACACUUCACAACAUGUUCGUGCAAGUUUAGCAACACAAGUCAGUGGAUUGGCUCCAGUCUUAGGAAAAGAAUCUACAACUGAGCAUUUAUUGCCUCUCUUUUUGCAACUUCUUAAAGAUGAAUUUCCUGAAGUUAGACUUAACAUUAUAUCUAAAUUAGAACAAGUGAAUGAAGCAAUAGUAGAGUUAGCUGAAGAUAAACAAUGGCGUGUUCGCCUCGCUAUUAUUGACUAUAUUCCAUUACUCGCUAGUCAAUUAGGUGUCGAUUUCUUUAAUGAAAAAUUGGGAAAUCUUUGUAUGUCAUGGUUGGGUGAUAAUGUAUAUUCUAUCCGUGAGGCUGCAACUGUAAAUUUGAAAAAGUUGACUGAGGUUUUUGGUGUCGAUUGGGCAAAAAAUACAAUUAUACCACAAGUAUUAGAAUUUGGAAAUAAUUCAAAUUAUCUAUACAGAAUGACUACAAUCUUUGCUAUCACGACAAUGGCACCUGCAGUCACACCAGAAGUCAUCAGAGAUCAUAUACUUCCAACAGUGAAUAACCUUGUAUCAGAUCCAAUUCCUAACAUUAGAUUUAAUGUAGCCAAAUCUUAUGAGGUAUUAAUACCAGUGCUUAAACAAAACCCCGAAACAGGUCUUUUAUUAGAAACACAAGUAAAACCAGCUUUGGAUAGAUUAAAAGAAGAUUCUGAUUCUGAUGUAAAAUAUUUUGCUGAAAAGGCUUUACUUACCAUUACAGGUAAAUAA